AUGUCAGCGUCCACUGUUUCAAUCACAGCGAACCCCGGAACGGCGAGGCGUAGGCCGGUGGAAAAAUCCAAGCCGGGCAUAGAUUUCAUUGGCACUGACAGAGUCGCCGCUGCUUCUGCGAGUAAUAAUAGAAUCGCCGGCGGAGACAUUGGGGUUGGGAAAGAUCUAAGCGACUCGAUUCGAAGCGAAACAGUCCUCGAGAGAUCGAGAGAGCAUGUCACGGUCCAGGUCAAGAAACCCUUGCCCAGUUCUGUAAACGGCACCGUAUUGCCUCGCCGGAGUAACCGAAAGGUCGUGCCCAAGCCCGAGAGGCCCUGGUGGCAGACCGUGAUUCGUGUUUUCAGCAAGAAUUUCUUGGUUUUGCUGGUUGUUUCGGGUUUGAUCCAGAUGAUUUAUCGACUGGCUUCGACUUUGGGCAAUGGUCCUGAUGUUUCUUUUGUGGGUUCGGAAAUCGAGGGUCGGAUUGCGGAAUUGGAUGCAUUUCUGCAGACGACAACGAAGAUGAUGCAGGUUCAGGUUGAGGCUGUGGAUAGGAAAAUGGAGAAUAAAAUAGGGGGUCUAAAAAGCGAAUUGGGUAAGAAAAUUGAGGAUAAGGGAUCAGAAUUCGUGGCCGAGUUGAAGAAAUUGGAUGGCAGGACCGGGAAUUUGGAGAAGUUUCUUGGUGAACUGAGAGCCACGGAGUGGUUAAGAAAACAAGAUUUUGAUGGGUUUUUUGAGGAGUUUAAGAAGGCAAAAGGGAUCGAUAGUGGUGGUGAUGUGAGUUUGGAUGAGGUGAGGGCUUUUGCUCGGGAGAUAGUUGAGAAAGAAAUAGAAAAGCGUGCUGCUGAUGGGCUUGGGAGGGUGGAUUAUGCAUUGGCCUCUGGUGGGGGCAUGGUGGUGAAACACUCGGAGCCUUAUGCUGGUGGGAAGGGAAGUGGUACUUGGUUUUGGCGUAAUGGGGUUCUUCGAGAUGCGGAGAAAAUGCUGAGGCCAAGUUUUGGCGAGCCGGGUCAGUGUUUUCCUCUUAAAGGGAGUAGUGGGUUUGUGCAGAUCAAGCUUAGGGCGGCCAUCAUACCAGAGGCUAUAACUUUGGAGCAUGUUGCCAAGGACAUGUUCCUUAGUCUACGUUUUAAGUUUUCAUUUUGGUGA